AUGAAAAAAGUCAACCCUCCAAAUUUUAAAGUGGACACUAACAUCACUUCUGAAGGUUGUUAUCAAUCAUCAUCCCCUUCAACUCCAAUGUCUGCUUCUACUCCUCUUAUUUCAACCAAACAGACUUCAAUGGCAUCUUCUUCAAAAGAACCCUCAUUUAGAUUACCUACUGUUGCUACCAUUUCUCUAGCUCCGACCACAACCACCACUGUAGUUACGACAACCACUACAACCACUACUUCCUUUCCCCCUUUGUUAUUGAAGCCUCCACCUUUGCCUAAACAGUUAGAUCCAAAAGAAUAUCCAUUGGCUGACACUCCAACUCCACCAGCCUUGAAACGUUUUUGUUUUGAUUUAAACGGACAACCAGCUUAUAUUCGUGAAGAUGAAGAUUCUGAACAACAAAUGGUCAAGCUUCGAGAGGCCUUAUAUAAUAUGCGAGCUUCCGGACCUACUCCAUCAAAAACUGUUAAGACUAGUGUAACUUCUACCCAGACAUUCAAUGAAAAUUUUUCAGAGAUCAAACCUUCGGGAAGUGGAGCUCGUAAAAGAUCAGCUUCUUCCGAUGAACUUGCUUUCGAUUUUUCUACUGCCGGUCAGCAACAAUCAACUGGUAUUGGCAGCAAAACUUCCCGCGCUCGUAGCUCAACAUCUCCUCCACAUAAGAAGGUUCGUGCAAAACCUGCUAGUACCAUGUUGGAAAAUGAUAGUGAGCUGGACUCUCAAAAACAAUGGAUGGAAUUAACCACUAAUUCGGGAAUUUCAAUACCGAGGACUAACACUCCUUUAAGUAAUGUUCAAGGUGAAUCAACAACACCAAAUAUUUCUCUUCAUCAUCAACAAAAUUCCUCUUCUUCUUCUAGGCAUAUAAAUACUAUUACAACCUCAAAUCUGGGAAUUGACACUCCAUCAACUACACGAAGUACUCAUUCCUCCGCUCUUCCUUCACCUUCCCUUUCCCCAAUUACUGGAACUACUUCUUCAAUCAAUACUAAUCAAUUUGAAAACUUUUUCGCGGGUCAUCCCGAAAAUUGGAACUUGAAACAAUUAGAUGAAUCUCAUGUUCCUAGUUUGUGGGAUUUGAAUACCAUGCUUGCUACAUUUGAUGCAUUACCUUCUUCAAUGAAAUCAUACAUGCUUUUUCAGUUGCUUCGGCGUUGUCCUACUCACACCCUUCAAUAUGUUAGUAACAUUAUUUUACCGGCUUUAAGAAAAGAUUUCCUCGGUAUGCUUCCUCUUGAAUUAAGUUUACACAUAGUGAAAUAUUUAGAUAUAAAUAGUAUGUGUAAAGCUGCUCAAGUAAACAAAAGAUGGAGAAAUGUUAUAGAUGGUGAUAGGAUGGUAUGGACACGACGUCUUGAGAUGGAUGGAUUCGGAACCGACGAAAACGAAGAAUUCCGAGCUAUUGAAGAAAAUUGGGGAUUUUUUCGUCCAAUUACGCGUCGUAAAAAUCGUCAAUCAGAUGGUGUUAAUGAAAGUGUUUCAGAUGAUAACGUUAAAUUAGAAUGCUCGUCUGGUUCAUCAUCGAGAGCGAUUCCAUAUCAAAUUGGUCACAAUGAUAAUACUAUGGCGGUAGAUAAUGAUAAUAGUUCACCUCAAAAAAGUCAAUCUAUAAGUAUUGAUGAAAAUAAUGGUAAUACUGUACAACAAGGUUCUUUUAAGCUUUCACCAACGGGUACGGACGAACCUGCUGGCGGAAGUUCAUCAUCAUUAUCAUUUGUUAAGGGAUUCUCAACGAUACAACAAAAUCAAAAUAAAGGUAAAGCCCGAGCAGACGACGAAUGGGCCAAGUUUAGAACAGAAGAAAAUCAUCAAGACGAUGAUCGGCCUUAUGAUGGUGAUGACAGUGAUGUUGACGCCAUGUCUCAGGGAAGUAGUGACCGAGCGGAACUAUCUGAAGACCGACUUCCACUUACAUCAUCUGCAACUCAUCCAUAUAAAGCAAUAUAUCGUCGACAUUUCCUUAUGAGACAGAAUUGGGUUCAUGGUCGACACAAACAUAUCUCUUUUCCAGGACAUGUAAACAAUGUUGUCACGUGUCUUCAAUUCGAUUCCGAAAAAAUAAUUUCUGGAUCAGAUGAUCAAUGUAUUAAUGUAUAUGAAACUUCUACUGGACGAUUAAUAAAUAGAUUGGAGGGACAUGAUGGUGGCGUUUGGGCAUUACAAUAUGUUGACAAAACCUUAGUUUCCGGUUCUACAGAUCGAACAGUACGAGUUUGGGAUCUUGAAAGAGGGAUAUGUACACACGUAUUUCCAGGUCAUACAAGCACUGUACGUUGCCUUCAAAUCAUCAUGCCAAAAAAUACAAAUCCAAAUCCUAAUGAACCCCCUGUUAUAGAACCACCAAUUCCUUUAAUUGUUACAGGUUCAAGAGAUUCCACACUAAAAGUGUGGAAUUUACCGAAUCUUAAAACCGAUUCUCAAUAUCAACCAACAAUCCCUUCAUCACCAUCCGAUAAUAACCAAUAUCCAGAAAAUCCAUAUUUACGUCACACGCUUGUAGGUCAUACACAUUCUGUUCGUGCCUUGGCGGGAGUGGGUAAUACCCUAGUAAGUGGUAGUUAUGAUUGUACGGUAAGAGUUUGGAAUAUAUGGACUGGAGAAUGCCUUUGGCGUUUAAUAGGACAUACACAAAAGGUUUAUUCGGUUGUUCUAGAUGCAAAACGUAAAAGAUGUAUGAGUGGAAGUAUGGAUGGUACAGUAAAAGUUUGGAGUUUAGAGGAUGGAACGAUUGUAUGGACGUUAGAAGGCCAUUCAUCCCUCGUUGGUCUUCUCGAUCUUUCGCACGAUUAUCUUGUAUCUGCAGCAGCAGACUCUAGCCUCAGAAUUUGGAACCCAGAUGAUGGUACCUGUAAACAUGUGUUGACGACCCAUUCUGGUGCCAUUACAUGUUUUCAACAUGAUGAAAAUAAAGUAAUAUCGGGGUCGGAUGGAACACUUCGUAUGUGGGAUGUCAAAACAGGACGUCAACUACGUGAUCUACUUACUGGCUUAAGUGGAGUCUGGCAAGUAAGAUUUGAUGAACGUAGAUGUGUAGCAGCAGUACAACGAAAUUCAAUGACAUGGUUUGAAGUUCUAGACUUUGGAGUGUACGGUAUAGAGAAUGAUGAUGGAUCAGGAGGAAGUUGUACUGACGAAAAUGGCAAUUGGGUUGAUAGAAGGAUAACUGUUGGUAAUGGGAGCGAUGAUUGA